AUGCGCUCCACUCUCGCCAGGCAACUCGGAAGCGCGACCGCUGCGGGGCGUGCGGCUGGCCCGCUUGCCUCGACCUCGCGGCCUGUUCUGCGCGCCGCCAUCUCGCGCGCCUCGCCCAUGGCCUCGGUCGCCUCGUCGUCGCGCUCGAUCGUCACCAUCCCCCACCCUUCCCUCGACCCUUCCCUCGGCGAGACGCAUUUCGUGAUCAAGUCGACUAGCAAGAUUACCUCGAUGAUCCAGGUGUUUGCUUUGGUGCGCGAGGCUGAGCGCAAGCUGGGCCCCAUCAUCACCAUGGACGUCCCAAGGAGCGCGGACACUUUCCAGCCCGGCAACCUUGUUUUUAUCACCCUCCUCCAUCCCGUCAAGUUCAACAAGGAGGAGCCGAUUGUGUUUGAGAUGGACGCCCCCUUUGUCAGCAAGGAGAGCACAUACCUGGGAGGCGUCACUUCUGCCGACCUCAGCCUCGCCAUUAGUGGUAAACCUCCCCGCAACGGUCACCAGAAUGUGGGUCCCAACACUCCUAUGCGUGUCCGUAUCGAGCUGUGGGAAAAGCACGACGAGCGCAUGUACUCCCUGGCAAAGUUCCCCGAACAGCGUGUCCGCCCCAGUGUUUUCGAGAGGCGCGAGGACAGCAAGCUUGUGGACGCCCUCAAGGCCUUUGACGGCGGCUUCUUCGGUGGCCUGAACGGUCUGGCGGACAAGUACGCCGACCUUGCGGGCGUGCCGGAGGACGAGCACGUUCCCGAGUCCGAGGGCAAGCAGAAGCCCACCCCCCUUCGCAGGCCUCAGCCCGUUGCCGAGGUCGUUACCCCACCCGAGGCCGCCGAGCCUGUCGCCCCCGUCGAGCCCGUCGAGCCCAAGGUCCCCGCCGCCCCCGCCCGUGCCACCAAGGCCGAGAAGAUGCGUUUGCAGGCCUUGGAGGUCGCCCGGCGUAACGCCCAGCAGGCGGCUGAGGCUGUCCAGGCCAAGAAGGACGCCGAACAGGCCGCGGCCACUGCUGCUGCUGCCGCCCCCGCCGCCCCCGCCGCUACCCCUUCGGUCGUUCUGAAUAUCAAGCCCAAGCAGCAGGAGGAGAAGAAGAGCGGCUGGAACUGGCUGUCAGGCAGCAAGUCCUAG